AUGAAUCAAAAAAAACAUUAUGAUUUUCUUACUCAAGCACUAGAUGAUUGGUUACUUAGGAAUAAAUUAAAAUUAAAUCUUUCAAACGACAAAUUUAUGGAAGGUACUGACUACAAAUUAAGUUUAUUUUUAAAUCAAGGAUCUGAAGAGGCUAUUAUAUUAUGUUCCUGUGGAGUUCGAACAAAUUUAGCAAAAGAGAGAAUUAAUUUUUCUUUGAGCAAUUACUACAAGCACAUAAAAACAUCGAAAUGUUUGAUGAUGAAAACAAAAAGAAAAUCAAUUUCAACUAAUACAAAUAAUGAACAUAGUCAAUCAACUCAACAACAAAUAUUAGCAACUGAUACAAUCGAUACUUCGACGACAUCUUCAUCACGUAUUGACAAUAACAAUAGUAAUACUCGUUUGACAUCUAGGAAACGUACAAAAUCCGCUUCGUACACUGAUUCUUCGCGAAAAAUUCGAUCACGUCCAUGA